AUGGCCUCACAAGACCGUGAAGCAAACUCGGAGCUGGAAUCCUUCCGCCGGCAAUGGAUCUCCGACCUGCAGUCCAGAGCCCAUGAGGCCGACGGUUCGUCUUCAACUGCCGCCGCCGCCCCGGCUGUCACUUCACGGCCGAGACGGCGGACCGGCCCUUCAAGUCCAACAAUCGCAAAGAAGCAUUUGCCAGCCAUUGAAGACGAUGAGUACUAUCUCCACGGCCCGACUUUUGAUUCCAUGCCCCCUCCCUCAUCUUCGGGGCAUCUGCUGUCAGAUCCGCCGGGCAAACACGAACACGAUGAGCAGCCCUUGGUCUCAGCUCUAGAUCAUUAUGAAAGGGCCAUGGAAAAGGAGGCGCAGGGAAACAUGGGGGAGAGUCUGAAGCUGUAUAGACAAGCCUAUCGACUGGAUCAUCGCGUGGACAUGUCGUAUCGUGAGAAGCACUUCCCAGCCGGCUUUGCACCCGCCAAGGUUACGCCCUCAUCCUCGGGAGCAGUAACGGCACCGCCAGCAGCAUCACACAAACCUGCGGCUCCCACCACCGCCGAAGAGGAGCCUCAGCCGCUCACUUUGGAAGAGCUCAUCGCCAGCUUCUCGGGGUUGAAGAUUGAGGGGGCGCCUCCCAUCAUUGAAGACACACCGCCGCCCCCAUGCCCAAUUUCCAACCUGCCGGACGAGCUGCUCGUGCACAUCCUCAAAGACGUCGCCGUGGCCGAUGUGGGAGACUUUGCCCGCCUCAGUCUUGUAUGCAAGCGAUUCGCCUACCUCGUCGCCACCGAGCAGCGCAUCUGGAGGCGCGUCUGCCUCGGGACCGAGUUUGGCUUCACCUCCAUGCCUCGCCACUGGCAAAAGACUGUCGAAUGGGAACAGCUCGAGGCCCAGGAAGAGGCGGACGAGGACGGUUUCCUCGUCAGCAUGAGAGAGGUCGAGGAGCGCCGCUUGGCCGACGCCCUCUCUUUCACGACUUCCCUCCACGAUACCGCCGUUUACCCCUCGUGGAAGAACAUGUUCCGCACGCGCCCUCGCAUCCGCUUCAACGGCUGCUACAUCAGCACCGUCAAUUACAUCCGCACCGGCCAGGCGACAAACCAGGCCGUCUGGGGCGGAGACCCUUACCUCAUCGUCACCUACUACCGCUACCUGCGCUUCUUCCGCGACGGCACCGCCAUCAGCCUCCUCACCACAACGUCCCCCGCCGACGUCGUGCACCAUCUCACCCCUGAGCUGCUGAAGCUGCACCGCGAGGCUCCCCACGCCCAUCUCCCUUCCGCGAUGAUGCACCAAGCCCUCAAAGGCCGCUGGCGGCAGUCCUCCGCGUUGGACCAUCCGGACAACACGGACCCAAAGGAGCAGGAAUCGGACUUGUACGUCGAGACGGAGGGCGUGGGCGCAAAGUACAUGUACCGCAUGGACUUGUCGCUUCGAAGCGCCGGCAAGGGCACCCGCAACAACAAGAUCGUUUGGAGGAGCUUCAGCAGCUACAACAAGCUGACGGACGACUGGGCUGACUUCCAGCUCAAAAACGACAAGCCCUUCUUCUUCAGUCGAGUGAAGAGCUACGGCGUAGGAGAAUCAGCUUGA